CAUCGAUUAAUCACUCCCAUCCCUAGUCGACCGUACCAAUAUCCGCGCAUAAUUUUACAAAAUUUAUGAUUUUUACUGUGAAUAAACUAUUGAAAUUCGGUGUUUAAUGGGUUUAAUUAAUGACUAAGCUUAACUUGUUUGACAAAUGCCUGCUGUUAACUUUUCGAUAAACCUGUGGAUAGCCGUGAAAAAAAGUGAAAAGUGAAAAGAAGCAGCGAGUAGUGUGUGUGUGUGAGCGCUUGUAUGCGUGACUGUGUGCGUUUCUUACGUUGCAAACAAAAAAUUGUUAAAAAGAAAUUUGCUUAGCGGCGACAGCGGCACUUCAAACCAUUUUCUCUAGCCCCGCCAAUGCGCAGCACUGUUGCUCCCCCAGAAAUGUGAGUUCCUCUCCUCGAUAAAUUUUAGCCAAUUUAGCCGAGACGAGAGCGACGGUGGCGGUGGCGACAGCGGCAGCAAGCCGUGCAUAAAUUAACGUCACAAUUAUAACUGUUUACCUUCAUCGUUCAAAUUCGUCGUCGAAGAGCUUUCGGGCACAUCAUCACACAUCUCACAUAUGUAUGAUAAUGAAAGAUGCACGAAUAUGACGUAAAUGAGCGCAAAGAGGAACCUGCCAGUCUUCCACUGCCAAGCAGCGAUACCAGUGACACCAGGAGCACCAGCAACAGCGAGGCUCCAAUCAGUCAGCACGGUUUACAGAAACAAACUCAACAGGAGCAGCAGGAGGAGCGCGCCAACAGCUUAUCCUUGUUUCCGGAAGUGAUUGAGCUCACCGAUUGCGUGGUGGGCCCCAACCCAGAGUUCGUCCACAUCGGCGAACCGCAAAAGAAGCGACAGCGUCGCGUUUAUGUCGCUAGCUCCACGCGCUGCGCCAGCCUACGAUCCCAGAAUAAGCCGCCACCACCACCACCAGCAGGUGAAGGUGAAGUAAAGCAGCAGACGCCGAGCCCGGUAUCCUUGUUGCCAGCGCAGGCCGCUGCCUCGCCGACGCCGACAGAAUUGCCUCUUGAGUACAUCAAGCCAGAACUUUUUAAACCGGAAUUUUGGAACCGCAUUGAGGAGCAGGAGCCUGAGGGCAAGCCCGCUGCCAAGAAGCGCCGCGGCGGCCCUGCUGGUGGACGCACUCGGACACGCCGAAAUCAGAUCCUUAACGACCUUGAAAUCUAUUCACCGGAAACGGCGGCUGCCAUUGCUGCGGCACAGGCCGAACUCGACGCCCCAGGAAAGGCCAGAAGAGGCAGAGGCAGAGGCACCGGCACAGCCAGAGGCAGCCGGAGGAAGAUAGACACCGCCGCAACAAGCCCAACAACAACCAUGUCGUUGUACGAUCGACGGUAUCAAAGCACCACCGAUGAACGGCGUGGGGUCGCCAACGGAUAUGGGGCAACGGGAAAUAAUGGACUGCGAACAGGCAAUGCUGGCAAUGGAGCCAGUGAGAUGGGCGAGUCGCAGGAGCUGUCGCAGAGUAGCCAUCAGUAUUAUGGAUCCGCCGGCGGUAGCAAUCCCACGGGAGCUGGCUCUGGGCUCAAUGGCAGUGCGUCCGCUGCCCUCAAUCAUGCCCCCUCGAUGGGCACGCUGUGCAACAUUGGCAACACUUGCUACUUGAACUCUGUGGUCUAUACGCUCCGCUUUGCCCCCCACUUUCUGCACAAUUUGCACCACCUGAUCCAAGAUCUAACCGUGGUCCAACAGACCAUUAUGCGGCAACAGCAGGCCUCCAAGUCGGCAUCACUGGGUCGCAAUGUGAGUGUGGCGCAAUUGGAGCAUGCGCGCAGCUGGAGUAGCAAGGAUCUGGUGGCCGGUGCGGAUCAACAGCAGCAGCAGUACAGUGGACUGAAUGGUGGGGGCAGUGGAGCCGUAAGCAGUGCCAGCAAUGCCAAUACCAGCUGCUCCGGCAAGCCCAGUCAUCAGUCGGUGACGGAGAAUCUCCACGAGCUGUACAACAAUCUCCACGGCAACGAGAUGGCCGACUCCACGGAGCCCUAUCAUGCCGACACGCUUCUGCAUGCCAUUCAGGAUGUGAAUGCCACCUUCGAGGGAAAUCAGCAGCAAGAUGCUCACGAGUUUCUCAUGUGCGUGCUAAACUGCAUCCGGGAGACGAACCAGUCGCUGAUCAAGGCCAUUGGCGAGUGUCCCGAGGUCAUUGCAAAUGGCUACAUAGCCAAUCCAGACGAUGUAGACACGGGCGAGAGCCAGGAUCGCACUGAUUCCGCUGCCAGCGCGAGCAACAAUGGAUCGCUGACCACAACUAGUCACAUAACCACAACCAAAACGUCAUUCUUCUCACGGAAAUCGAAGAGAAAAGACGAGGUCAAGUCAUCCAAGGCGACGCGCAUUCAGUCGCCCCUUAAGGACAAGGACAAUAGUCCCACGGCCAAUAGCCUGUUCUACCUGAACACAGUUGAUCUCACCACGCCGCCGCCGCCAGCAGUGCCACAGCCCACAAAAUACUCCAGCGACAACGAUGACAACAACUCGGCCACGCUGCUCAAGGACAAAAUGCGACUGGAGGAGCGGAUACGGGAGCUGAAUCUGAACUUCUUCAGCUCCGAUUUCGAGGGCAUUGUAGUGCUGACCACCAAGUGUCUUAGCUGCGAGACGGUGACGCGUCAGAAGCAGGGCAUGCUCGAUAUCUCGGUGCCAGUGCCGAUCUCCGGCUAUGACAACGAGCUCCAGGACAAGCAGCCCAGCACGUACAUCCAGAGCUCCUGCAUGACCAAGGAAUACUUCCGCGGCGAGAACAAGUACAGCUGCAAUCAGUGCACCGGUUACACCGAGGCCAUACGCUCCAUCUCGUAUGAGGUGCUGCCCCGGCUGCUGGUCAUCCAGCUGAAUCGCUUCUCUGGCGGCAUGGAAAAGGUGAGUACGUAUGUACCCACCACCUUUACGCUGCCGUGCUUCUGCGCCAAGUGCUGUGAUCUCGCCGAGGGCCAUAAGCUGCAUGUCUACAAGCUGUAUAGCGUCAUAACCCACGUGGGAGCCACGCUGACGGUGGGCCAUUACAUAGCGUAUACGUGCUUCCUGGACUUGGCCAGCGACUAUGUGAAUUGCCCCAAGGAUCGCAGGAAUACGAUAAUGACGGGCACCACCACACAAGCGAUAGCUGCGGCAGCCGAAGCCGAGAAUUCGGCUCCCAGCAGCACACCAGUGGCAGCCGCUGCCUCAGCCUUGGCCUCCUCCGGCAGCAAUCUGAUGAAGAAGAUGAAGUUUGGACGGGGAAAGACCUCGAGCAGCGGGGACUUGAGCAAGAACCUGAAGCAGCUGAACGGGAUUAGCAGCAAGAACAUCACGAAUGGCAUCGGGAAGCUGAGCAUGAACAACACGACCUGCCACGGCGUCCAGUGCUGUGCCAUGCGGCUCUGCUGCAGCAACAGCAGCAACAGCAACUCGGCCAGCUGCAGUGACUUUAGCGAGGAAUCCCUGCAGAAUGGCAGUAAUAGCAAUCUCAGCUCGGGAGGAUCCUAUCCCACCGGCUACGGCAGCACUGGGCGGGGCGGCGUCAGGGCGAACUACGUCCACGGCGGACCCGAUCCCAUCUGGUACAUGUGCGACGAUGACAAGAUCAAGGCCAUGUCGCAGCGGGAGUUUGAGGAGCUGCUAUCGCCCACGCGGAAGAUCACGAUAACGCCGUACUUGCUGUUCUACGCCCGAUUCGAUUUGCAGACGCCCGCCAAGCCGGGGACAUCCUCAACAACGCCGCCGCCGCCGGCGCAGCCACCAGGCUCGACGCAGGGCUCCUCCUGGUCGAAUGACAGCAGCAAAAUUUGAGGUGUUCAGGCAAACACAUAUUUAUCGGCAAAUCUACGUUAGGUGUAAGGAAGUGGGAUGUAUACUUAGUAAGCAAAAGAAGAACAAGUCUGUUUGUUAAACAAAUAUGUAACGUCGUUUACCUACAUGCAUAAUCUAACUAUUAGUUACAUCAUUUUUCCACAGUUCAGUUGAAGUCUGUUGAUCGAUGCAUUUGAUUGAUGAUUUGCGCGUAUAUUUGUUGUAAUAAUUAACUAAGCUUCAAACGAAACACGAAUUUAAAACGUUGAGAACGCGAGGAAAAUGCUAAAAAUGAGCAAAAGAACAUUUAAAAGUGGUCUGGCAAAGGUCUAUACGCUGCAUUAAAUUAAAUGGCGAACAGAAUAAAGAAUUAAGCAUUAAGUAUAAAUAAAUUAUUAUUAAAUAGUAUGGAAAUAAUCAGCAAAUAAUUCUUCAAGGACACCCAGUCGUUCCCAGUUUUGUUUUAGGCGCAAUUUGUAAUAAUAAUCACAGCAUCUAAUAAAGUACAGUAAACUCUCUGGAUACACUCAAAAAUAUAAUAUACCAAGUGUUGAAUAGUCGUUAAAGAACUCAUCAUCACACGAAAUACGAGAAAUUUAGGUUCAACAACUCUGAGAAUUGUUAUGAAAUUUGAUUAUUGCAUAGUUUAUAGGGGAGAACCCCGAGAAAAGGAACACAACCUUCAUUGUAAAGUAAUAAUUGAAGCAUAAUAGUUAAUAAUAACAUCUCUAUAAAUAAUUGUAAUAGCACACACACCCACUAUUUACGCAAUAACCCAGUGGAUCAAACGAGAAAUAAGCGAAACUAAAUUUAAUUUUUGCAAAAUGGGCUCAGAAAUGUGUUAAAAUCAGGAAGAAAAAGUGUGUCACUUCAAUGCUCUUGUUUUUAUAUCGUUUCCAAGUACGUUGACGAGCAUUUUCCGAUAGUUUCGUUGGGUCCACUGGAAUUUCAAAGUUCUUUUUAGCCUUAGUUUUCUCUUACACUCUCCACAUAGUUUUUAGUUCGUUUCGAUUGUAUUUUCCAAGAGCGCUGCAUAUAGUGAUAUUAAUAUUUACAGAGCAUACAAUGAUUUCUUGUGUAUAGUUUACGUUAAUAAAAAAAUAAUAAAAUUAACAUUAAAGAGUAAAAAAUAACACUAAGAAAUAACACACAAAUUGAAUUACGUAUGAAGUGUGGAAUUACCAUUACAUUUAUGUUUAUUACUGGAUUAGCAUUAUCAGAACAUGCUUAACUAAAUAUACGAAAUAUACAACAUAUGCAUAUAUUCACAUAUGUCUAAAUCUA